UUUGCUUCCUUGUCACUUGCGGCGGUUGUUUCAACAUGGCGGCAGUUGACAAAAGGAAUUCAAAAUCCGGAAUAUUUUGGGUCAAGAGUGGAGAAGAUGACGUGAUCUCUUGUCAGCCAGGCGGCACAAGCACCUCAAGUAAAAAAAAUACCAAGAUGCAAUCCAGGCGCUCCUCUGACUGCAAGAUUGACAUACCAUUAAAGAGGGGUGGCAAAAAACAGAGCUAUGUACAAAAUGAUCAAUACAGUUCUGACGUUAAGGAAAAUGUCUCAACCUUUGCCAGUGCUUCUCCAACCACUGACAGCACAUCACCAGUAAUAUUUGAAAGCAUCAGUGCACAGAGCCAAGUCAGUCUGAAAGACCUCUGUCCCGAUGACAAACGUCGCAUUGCAAACCUGAUUGAAGAACUAGCCAGAGUGAGUGAGGAGAAGGAAGAAUCUGUGAAGCGCCUGAAAGAUGAACAUGAUAAUUUCGAAAGCAAGAUCCAACAACUCGAGCAACAGAAUUUGGUUAUAGCACAUGAAAGAGAAAGCCUUCAGCAGCAGUACAGGGAGUGUCAGGAGCUGCUUGGGCUCUACCAACAAUACCUGACUCAGCAACAAGUAAAGCUCAACCAGUCCAUCGCUGAGCUUAGCCAGGCACAAGCUCACUAUAAGGUGCCGAGCAGCGAAGAAGCCAUUAACGAAACUACUAGUCAGGCUAAUGGAUUAAUGUUUGAUGGCUCAUACCUCAGUCUUGCUGCUGGUCAAACACAUCAAGCUCAAGUCCACAAGAGAAGUGGCGGAAGGAGAGGAGCCUUGCAAGCUGUCACUAUUCCGACACCCGCUUCCUAUUUUAGUAAGAACUGUCCAGCUGAUGCUGGUGCACAAAUCAGUAAGCAUCAGAUUCAGAGAGGAGAAUUUGGUUUGCAGCACUAUCAAGACACCCAGCAACAUAGAAACGAACAUUCCCUUGAGAAAAGCUGUGAGAGCACCUUAGGCCAAAGUAGUUUUCCAUACAGGCCACAUGAAGAGAAUGACUCAGCUACUGAGAAUAAGGAAGCUUUGACCAACCCUUUACAUAGUUGUGGGGACUGGGAGGAGAAGAGGCACCAGCUGCUGCUGCAGAAGAUGCAGCUGGAGUUGGAGCGAGAGAAGCUGCAGGCACGUCUGGCUGAUCAGGAGGAGCGGCUCAGCAGACAGAACCAGCAGCUGUGCCAGUCACGUCUCGACUGGAAAAAGCUUCAAGAAGCAUGUCAAUCCAAACUCAGCAGCUCUGUCACUAAGAAUGGAACAUCACAGCCAGACACCCCUCGUGGCCAAGAUUUGCCCUCCAGUGAGAACCAUCCAGCGCAACAAAGCUUGCAUCACAACUCUUCACAAACUGCUUCUCGGGAAAAAAAUGUUCAUUUUUGUGAUGCUACAGCGCAGUCAACAAAGGACACUGCCACAUCCCCUGUUGGGUUCCCCGCAAGCCCUGCCGAGCUCAUCGUGGAACCCCAGAUUCAAAAGACAUCUGAAAAUCGGUUUGACUUCUCUGUGGUUGAGUUAAUAGAUAACUUUAGUCCCAUUGCGGCACAUGAGCAAUGCAAAGCAUCAUCUUGGUCAUCCCAAUGUGGACCAGCUCUUACUGCGCCCAAACCAAUCUGCAGAGGUCUGCGUACCCCUGCGGUGCCUCAUCGUCUGAAUUGCCUGCAGGACUUGGAAGAAAGCCAAAUAUUGGAGGAUAUUUUUUUCAUUUGCUGACAAGAGGAAGCGAUUUUUUUUUUUUUUUAAGUUCGACUUAGUUCUUUUCAUUUCAGUUUUAUUUUCAAUUCAUUCAGUAUGUUUUUGAGUGAACUCGCGUCAUGUCAUAUUUUAAGUACAAAUAAAUCAUCAUUUGUGGGUAUAUUA